AUCAUCACCUAAGUAAAUCUCCCUCCAUUCUCCAAAAAAGUAUGAAGCUGGGAGCACUUCAUCUUCUUGCCCUGUGUCUUCUCUUCCAAUCUGGACUCUCCCAAACAGUGGUCAGGUCUCUUCCCGGAUUGCCCGAUGACCUCCCUUUUUAUCUCGAAACCGGAUACAUCGGAGUGGGGGAGUUGGAAGAUGUUCAGCUGUUUUACUACUUCGUGGAGUCGGAGAGGAGUCCAAAGGACGACCCUUUGGUGCUGUGGCUCACCGGUGGCCCUGGUUGCUCCGCGCUCUCUGGACUGUUGUACGAGAUUGGUCCAUUUACGUUCAAUUACGAGAAUUCUACUAGAUACAGACCAACCCUAAAAUUGAAUGAUUAUUCAUGGACCAAGGUGGCGAAUAUUAUAUUCCUAGAUCAGCCUGUCGGAACUGGAUUCUCCUACGCAAAUAGCUGGGAGAGCUACGACAUAAACGACAACAUUUCGGCAGCCGAAUCUUAUGAAUUUCUGAGGAAGUGGCUUAAGCUCCAUCCGGAGUUUCUGAGCAACCCACUCUACAUUGCUGGGGAUUCCUACUCGGGCAUCAUUGUUCCAAUCGUCACUCUAGAAGUUGAUAAAGGAAAUGAAGCCAGUUUGGAGCCUAAAAUGAACCUUGAGGGCUACUUGCUCGGAAACCCUGUCACAAAUGAGAAUAGUGACCUCAACUCAAGAGUCCCAUUUGCUCAUCUGAAGGGUCUUAUAUCUGAGGAGCUAUACAAGUCGGCUAAGGCUGAUUGUGAUGGCGAUUACAUAAACGUGAACGAAAGUAAUGCUGAUUGCGUCGAUGAUCUUAAAACUGUGAGCGAGUGCCUGGGGAAUUUAUAUACAGCAAACAUACUGGAACCGAACUGCCUGCUAGACACUCCCAAAUCGACGGUGGGCUAUACGUGGGACCCCAGCUUAAUAAAUCACGACCGUUCACUUCUCCCUUUGCCCAUGCUGAGAUCUCCCCGGGUUUGGUGCCGGAGUUAUAACUAUCUCUACUCCUAUAUCUGGGCUAGCGAUAGAGCGGUUCAAGGUGCUCUUCAUAUUCGCGAGGGGACAAUUGAGAAGUGGGUAAGGUGCAAUAAGACUUUAUCUUACACAUACACUGUCACAGACGUCAUUGACAUACACAAAGAGCUCAUGAAAAGGGGAUUUCGGGCUCUUAUUUAUAGCGGUGAUCAUGACAUGGUCAUCCCGUACAUCGGAACUCAAGCUUGGAUUAAUACAUUGAAUCUGACGAUCUCUCAAGAUUGGCACGCGUGGUUUGUCGACGGACAAGUUGCCGGGUUUGGUUUCGAUAAUAGCCUCCUAACUAUCGUGCAACGAAAGUGCAAUCGAGUCCUAAAACUUUCGUUCAUUGGGUAUCUCAAUUGUUUGUGCUUACUUUCCUCUGUUUUCUCUCUUGUAGGUACGCUACGCUAUAUGCUUACUUUCCAUCCCUUUUAACAUUCGCAACCGUCAAGGGAGGGGGACACACAGCUCCAGAAUACAAGCCCAAGGAAUGUUUUGCGAUGAUUAACAGGUGGUUCGAUUAUUAUUACAUUUAAUUUGCAGUUGUCGCUCCCUUUUAAUUAGCAAAUUAUAUAACAAACAUUAUCGAUGUAAUAAACUUUUGCG